ACAUCCAGCAAGUUAAAAUUUUGGAAUAUUCCUGUAGGUUAAAACAAAUAUAUUAAGUAUAUAAUCUAUGGGUUAACAUGUAAAAUCAGGUUUUUUUGAAAACCAGAACAUAAUAUUAUAGUGAUUGGAAUCAAUUUUUUCUGGAACCAGUAAACAAUAACUAGCUGUAUGGUGUCGUCAAGUGACCGGGUUCAUACUGUGAUUACCGUGAUUUGUAAAUGAAUUUGACUAAAUCUUUAUUCGUAAAUAGAUUAGUAAAAAUUAGCUAUUGUUUGUUAUAUAAACAGAUUACAAGUAACCGUACAAUCUGCUAUAACAAUAAGAUUUACCAGGAAACCAGUCACAACAUGGCUCAAAGGAGUAUCACGUCAUUCUUCAAGAAAACUCCAUUUACACCUAUGGAAAUAAAAAGUAAUGGUGGAUCCAAAGUAAGCCAUGUAAAUGGGGACACAUCACCCAUAUCCGACGAAAAAGACAAGCCUUCUGAAAGACAACAAUCCAACAGCAUAGAUAAUGACGGUGACUCCCAAGAUUCUUUGAAACCGAAAAAUAAAGCUAAACGACAACGUGUGAUAAGCUCUAGUAGUGAAUCAGAAUCUCCAGUUAAAGUGAAAAAGGAAGACCUUUCAGACAAUGAUGACUCUAUAACUUUAAACAAGAGCGUAAACAAAACUUAUGACUCACCAAAAAAUAAAAAAGCUAAAAUAAAAAAAGAAAUCAAAAGCCCAUCACCUAAAAAGGGUGCAAAGAGUUUGUCUCGUGAUGAGGUAAAAGAAAACAGCUUAAAAUUGAAGAUUGUUGGAUCAAAGGAAAAAGACAAUAUUGUGAAAAAUACCGAGCAUAUUGAUAAUAUUGAAAAUGAGAGUGAAGAAAUACAGAAAGUAGCAGAAAAUGCAUACAAUCCAUCAAAAUCAAAAUACCACCCUAUAAAAGAUGCUUGCUGGUCUAAAGGCGAACCAGUGCCGUAUCUUGCAUUAGCUAAGACUUUGGAUCUUAUAGAAGGAACAUCAGCUCGACUGAAGAUAAUAGAAAUAUUAAGUAAUUUUUAUAGGUCCGUAAUGGUGUUGACUUCAGAAGACUUGUUGCCUUGUAUUUACUUGUGCUUAAAUCAACUAGCACCAGCAUACCACAGUUUGGAGCUUGGCAUAGCAGAAACGUACCUAAUGAAAGCCAUUGGCCAGUGUACAGGCCGUACCCUAGCACAAGUGAAGUCUGCAGUACAGAAGUGUGGUGAUAUGGGAAGAGUGGCAGAACAGGCUCGAGCCGCACAAAAGACAAUGUUUGCGGCCCCAAAACUUCAGAUAAGAAAGGUUUUUGCUGCACUAAAAGAAAUUGCUCACAUGACUGGUCAAGCAUCAGUGAAUAAGAAAAUAAAUAAAAUCCAGUCCUUGUAUGUCGCCUGCAGAGAUUGUGAAGCACGAUUCCUAAUAAGGUCCCUGGAGGGUAAGCUGCGCAUCGGCCUGGCGGAGCAGUCGGUGCUGCACGCGCUGGCGCUGGCCGUCGCCACCACGCCGCCCGGACCCAACCUGCAGCUCGACGCGGCGCAGCACAUGUCCGCUGACAAGUUCAAGGCGCUGGUGGAGCAGCACGUGGCGGUGGUGCGGCGCACGUACUGCGAGUGCCCCGACUGGGCCGAGCUGCUGCACGAGCUGCUGCGCGGCGGCGUGGCGGCGCUGGCCUCCCGCUGCAGCAUGCGCGUCGGCGUGCCGCUGCGCCCCAUGCUCGCGCACCCCACCCGCGCCGUGCGCGACGUGCUCGCCAGGUUUGAGAAUGAAGAGUUCACCUGCGAGUACAAGUACGACGGCGAGCGGGCCCAGAUCCACGUGCCCGCCGCGCCCGACGACAAGCCGGACUUCGCCAACGCUGCCAUAUUCAGCAGGAACCAAGAGAAUAAUACCGCCAAGUACCCGGACGUGCUGAGUCGCCUGCCCACGCUGCUCAAGGAGGGCGUGUCCAGCUGCGUGCUGGACUGCGAGGCGGUCGCCUUCGACGCCGCCAACGGCAAGCUGCUGCCCUUCCAGGUGCUGUCGAGCCGCAAGCGUGCGUGCGCGAGUGCGGAGGACGUGCGCGUGCCGGUCUGCGUGUUCGUGUUCGACCUGCUGUACCUCAACGGCGCCCCGCUGGUGGGCAGCACGCUGGCGCACCGCCGCAAGCUGCUGCGGGAACACUUCUGCACCCAACCCGGUACAUGGCAGUUCGCCACGUCCAAAGACUGCAGCACCAUCGAGGAAGUGCAGCUGUUCCUUGAAGAAGCUGUGAAAGAAAGCUGCGAGGGGCUCAUGGUGAAGAUGCUCACUGGUGACAAUUCGAAGUAUGAUAUAGCCAGGAGGUCACACAAUUGGCUAAAGUUGAAGAAAGACUACUUGGAAGGCGUCGGAGACACGGUGGACGCUGUCAUUAUCGGAGCCUACCGCGGCAAGGGCAAGCGCGCCGGCGUCUACGGAGGAUUCCUGGUCGCGUGCUACGACCCCGAGUCCGAGCAGUUCCAGUCGCUGUGCAAGCUGGGGACCGGCUUCUCCGAUGAGGACCUGCAGAUCUUGUCCGACAUGCUGAAGGAACACAUUAUUGAUUCUCCGAGAAACUACUACAACUACGACAGCUCCCACUCCGCCGACGUGUGGACCAGCGCCGCCGUGGUGGUGGAGGUGCGCUGCGCAGACCUGUCCCUCUCGCCCGCGCACCGCGCCGCCAUCGCGCGCCUGCACCCGCACAAGGGCGUGUCCCUCCGCUUCCCCAGGUUCGUGCGGGUGCGGGAGGACAAGGCGGCGGAGCAGGCCACCACGGCGGCGCAGGUGGCGCAGCUCUACCUGGCGCAGGACCAGAUCAAGAACCAAGUCAAACAACCUGAUGCCGCUCACGAAGACGACUUCUACUGAGCGCGUCCAACUAACAUGAACUGAGUUACUUCACAUACCCCGUUGUGUCUGCUUAAAUUAGAUAAUGUUUACAAAAUAAAAGACUUAUUUUGAUGUUA